AUGAACAACAUCACAGAGGAGUCUAAGGUGUGUUGUGAAUGUUUUUGUUUUGUGUCUCAGGUGAACUGGGACAGUGAGAAAGAGUGUUUCAAAGACUUCAGUAAAGAGUGCAGCUUCUUCUACUCCAUCAGGAAACAGUACAUCCUGGACCCGCAGCCUGGAGACGACCAGGACACAGACUCGUGGCGAUGGAAAGUUGAACAUGUGAUUUUCAAAGCGUUUCGGACCCUCUUCAGUCCUCCUAAACAUUUCAGUGAAGAUGGGACAGUUCUGCAGAUCGCAAAUUUACCAGACCUGUACAAAGUGUUUGAGAGAUGCUGAUUAUUAACAUGCACCAGUCCACAAAUAUAUGCUGCCCUUUUUUUACUGUUUAAUGUAUAUUUUGUAAUGUAAAUAAAAAUAUUUCAUGGAGUUAAAAUAA